AUGGCCAUAGAUAGCUAUGAACAUAGACUCUUAAAAUUGCACACAAACAGUAGUAACAGCAGCAGCGGCAGUAGCAACCACACAAGCCACCACUCGCCACCUGUACAAUCUCACAGUGCCCUCGCUGAAUCAAAUGCUACCCUUGUUCAGUUCCUCAAGGGUUUCGGGCAUGAUCCCAGUGAAAGUUUUGCUUUAAGCAGCAUGGGCAAGAAACAUCAACAUCAUGAUGGUUUGGCAACUCAGAAAAAAAAGAAAAAUUUUGGAGAAACAUUUUGUAUCAAAGGCGUUCUAAAGCUCUCAAAAUAG